AGUGAUUUCUUGGAAGUGGCUGGUGCAGAUUUGAAGCUCUGUUUAGCGUCAAGAGUGCUCCUUUGCUUGUUUAUGCUUGUUUUUUUCAUUUCGCGAACUUAUUUGUGGACGAUUUUGACACACUUCGCUCCGUUAUCUGCGGUCACAGUAGUAACAAUCAGCCUCGACGUGGACGUGGUCAGUUGGCGUGUCCCGACUUGGAGUGACGGCUGUGCAGUCCUAUGAUUCCUCCGAAACAUUUCUGCGCUGGCCCCUUUUUAUAACAAACUGUAUCGCCAACUUUAGGUAUAUCGUGACCUAUUUUCACCUUCGUUGAAAGUUGAAGACACCCGGGGUUCAAGAUGUCGGUAGCGGGCUUGAAGAAGCAGUUUUAUAAAGCCAGCCAGAUGGUAAGUGAGAAAGUUGGAGGUGCUGAAGGAACCAAACUAGACGAUGACUUCAGAGACUUGGAACGGAAAGUAGAUGUGACCAGUAAAGCCGUGGUGGAGGUAAUCUCCAAAACAUCAGAGUACCUUCAGCCUAACCCAGCAUCACGGGCCAAAUUGUCCAUGUUGAACACCAUGUCUAAGAUCCGCGGUCAGGUGAAGAACCCAGGCUACCCUCAGGCCGAGGGGCUGCUUGGGGAAUGUAUGAGCAAGUAUGGACGGGACCUUGGAGAGGACACUAACUUUGGCGGAGCGCUGGUGGAUGUCGGAGAGGCCAUGAAGAGAUUGGCAGAAGUCAAAGACUCUUUAGAUAUCGAUGUCAAACAGAACUUCAUUGAUCCAUUGCAAGGGCUCUGUGACAAGGACCUCAGAGAGAUACAGCAUCACCUGAAGAAGCUGGAAGGCCGUCGCUUGGACUAUGACUACAAGAAAAAGCGUCAGGGUAAGAUCCCAGAUGAGGAGCUUCGACAGGCCUUGGAGAAGUUUCACGAGUCAAAGGAAGUGGCCGAGACGAGCAUGUACAACCUGCUGGAGACUGACAUAGAGCAGGUGAGCCAGCUCUCAUCGCUGGUGGAGUCCCAGCUGCAGUACCACAGACAGGCUGUGCAGGUGCUGGAGGAGCUGUCUGACAAACUCAGAGACAGGAUGAAUGAUGCUCAGAAUAGACCAAGACGUGAAUACACACCUAAACCCAAACCUAUCUUUGACUUCGGAGAUGACAACCAUUCAAACGGCGGCUACUCAACUUCAAUGGCCCCUCCACCUUCACGCAACUCAGAGCCGUUUUUUCACUUGGCCACAUUGUCCUUUCGGAAACCCAGAUUGUCCCCGGAGCAGCCGAGCUGUAAGGCGCUGUACGACUUUGAGCCAGAGAAUGAGGGAGAGCUGGGCUUCCGCGAGGGCGAUAUCAUCACCCUGACCAAUCAGAUCGACGAGAACUGGUACGAGGGCAUGCUGAACAGCCAGUCGGGAUUCUUCCCUCUCAACUAUGUCGAGGUCCUCGUCCCGUUGCCACACUAAUAUAAAGAGAGCGAGAGAGUUAAGGAGGAGACUGAUGGAGAGGAGGAGGAGAGAGUAAGUAGAAUUAGUAGAGAGGGAGGAAAGCGAAGCCAAGGGAUGGUCUGCAGAAUAUUCAUUUUCACCUUCAGCUCCAACGUCAACAUCACAGACGAGCACUUUUUGUCAUCUGGAGUUCUGGAGAAGAUGGUCACAUUUCAAAGUCCCAUUCCACCCAAAGGUAAAAGGAUCUGAGAUGGACACAACAUGUCAUCACCUGUUAUCUGGCAGUCAGAAACAUUUCCUGAGGACUAACUGAUGACACAUUUCUAAGCAAUAUUUUUCUUUAACCACAACUUACUGAUAAUUUGUAUUAAAUCUGGUGAUUAUUUUGGGGUGACACAUUCAUAUCAUCCUUCUUGUGAAUGCAGUCUGUUUAAAACUCAGGUUUUCAGGCUGGAGAGGCCAAAACAAAACCUCAUAGUAAAUGUCAACUAACUUGACUGACUAUCAUGUCAUUUCAAAACUGAAAACUUUGUCCCCUCAGGACUGGAGCUCAUCUCUUGAUGCCACCUGCUGGCCAGACUGAGAAUUACGUUCAUCUAAACUAAAAUGGAAUUGCGCUCGACUAGAAAUGUAGUUUGUAUCUAAAUGGAAAAAAAUACUGCAAUUGCAUUUUUAAUGACAAAUGAGCAAAAAUUAGCUUCAGAUUUGUGAUUUGGACCGUUUUCAUGUUUGGGCCUAUUUGUAAUGCUCUUUUUAAAGAUCUCUGCAAAAGCUGUGCACUGAUAGCUUCAGGAGACAACAGGCCUGAUUUAGUGAUGUCCCUAUUUUGUUUCAGUAUUUGAUUUACGUUAGUCUCUAUGUGCUACAGUAGCUUUAAAGUAGAACUGCUUACUGAAUAUGUGAGAAAGUGUAAUUGCACCUUGGUCCUCAGAUGAGAUUGAUGUGUGUGUGUGACAGACUUAAUCCACCAUCACACACAGACCCAAAGUUAAAUGCAGAAAUUGCACCUUUUUGUCACUCGAAGCAGGCGUGUGUUUUUCGUGUAGACAUGCAGAAUGAUUAGUUUAGUAGUUGUCUUCUAGUUUGUUCGAUAGAGGAGACAGAGCCAAAAAGUCUUUAUGAAAUGCAAUAGAAACAUAUCACCUGGUGCGCCUGUUUGUCACACUGCUAACUAUUCUGUAACAUAGCCAUAUAUUCAUUUAGUUUUGGGCCUGUUUGUGUCUAGCAUGUUUCGCCUUUUACUUUUGAUCCAUUUGAGGUGCCUGUUAACUUCAUGCCUGAAUAGAUGACGCUGCUGGCAGCGACUCAGUCUUUCAUUUUCAUCACUAAGUGUCCCACUAUUUCUGCCUGCCCUCAUGUCUUUGAGAAUGUGAAACUUACUUUGACCCUGUGAUUCUGAUGAGUCACAACGGCUGUGAUUCAUUCAUCAGUACGUUGGGCUGUUGUAGACAGGUGUCGAUCCUGUUUCAUUGAUCUGUUCAGACAAGGCCGGUUCUUGUUCUGGAUUUAGCGACAGUCCACACCUGCAGAUGGAGUUUAAUCCAACAUACACUGUAAAGUAUGAGGGAAAGACCUGGAGUGAAAGGGAAAACAUCAAGGGAAAAAUCAAUGUAAGCUGUUGUCCAUUUUGACAAAUUUGGAGUUUGUUACCAAACAUGGAUCCUUACCAAACGUAUCGUCAGUUCAGCUGAUUUUGAAUUGUCUAAGGGAGAAAAAAAGUUUAAAUUGUGAUGAAAAAUGUAUGCUGCAGGAUCUUUCUGCUACAUUUCCCCUCGUGUUAUCUGUGUUUGUCCAUCACUCCACGUCACCAAACACUUCCUCCACUCCUGAGUUUGGUCCUUGUCUAAUAUGUUUACAUCUCUGAUCUUACUACAUUUCAAUGCUUGUAUCAAGUUCAGGGCAAAGUUAAAGGGCUGUAGGAGGUGCUGUCUGGAUCACACUGUUAUAAAAAGAAGUCUUUGCUAGCUUUGUUUCAGUGCCUUUGGAAGAGAAAGGAGGGAAAGUACCGCAACUAAUCCAGCAACCAAAACCUAACCUAUCUACUUAAGAAUAUGGUCAAGAAUUUCUUUUCUACUUUUGGUUUUUAUUUCUAGCCAUUGGCACUUUUCCUGUGUAAAGAUAAAAUGCAUGUGUGCAUGUUUCUGCACAUUUCUGACACUACAGACAGUUUCCUGGAUGUGUUGUUUAGACUAAUGUGAGGUUUAUCAGCAGACCACCAGCAGAAACUGUUUUUUAUGUAGAUUUUAAUCCAUGUUUGAAAAAAAAGUCCCACUGAUUUCUUUUUUUUUAAAGGGCUAUGUAUUUGUUUAAUCAGUCUUAAAUGCUCUUUGGAACAGCAUUAAAUCAUUCUGGCUCUCUAUAGUAUUAUUUUUUAUAUACAAGACCUUAAAACAUUUAAAUUAAUCUUUGCAUGUAGUCCUAUAUUACACCUUGUACAUGUAUGUCUUUAGAUUUAAGUUGCCUUUUUACUUUUGGUAUGAGUACAGAAUUUAACCGCAAUAUUUUGUCUUUUAUUAUUGUAUGU